GACGGGCUGCUGCUGAGCUGCUGAGGAUACACAGCCAGAGGAAUUAUGCCCUGCCCAGCAGUGGCUUUGCCUAUUUGAUGAGGUGACCUAUGCAUACCAAGUAGUUAUAAAUCCGGGGAUAUCCCCGUGUUUUUGGUUAGCAUGAGCAUGGAAGAUUAUGACUACCUGUUCAAAAUAGUUCUGAUAGGAAAUGCUGGAGUUGGGAAGACAUGCCUUGUCCGGCGCUUUACUCAGGGCCUUUUCCCACCUGGACAAGGGGCUACUAUUGGAGUAGAUUUCAUGAUUAAAACAGUGGAAAUCAAAGGGGAGAAGGUCAAGCUGCAGAUAUGGGACACAGCUGGGCAGGAGAGAUUUCGCUCCAUUACUCAGAGUUAUUACCGUAGUGCCAACGCCCUCAUUCUUACGUACGACAUUACCUGUGAGGACUCUUUCAGGUGCCUUCCAGAGUGGCUGAGGGAGAUUGAGCAGUAUGCCAACAACCAGGUGGUGACUAUAUUAGUCGGUAAUAAAAUAGAUCUGGCAGAGAAGAGAGAGGUUCUCAGACAGAGGGCUGAAGACUUUGCUGAGACUCAGAGCAUGCUGUAUCUGGAGACCUCAGCCAAAGAGUCCGACAAUGUUGAGAAACUUUUCCUCGACCUGGCCUGUGAACUCAUUCGAGAGGCCAAGCAGAACAAGCUGGAUAACAAUGACACUGCCCCAAUGCCUGGCGAGGGUAAAACCAUCAGUUACUUGACCUGCUGCAACCUCAAUUAGAGAGCUCAGACUGGCCUGGCAACGCAGUGGCCAUUGACUAUAGAGGGCAGAUGGCUGAGCCCCAAUGCCUCCGUCCCUCUAAAAUGGCAUAAUGCCACUUCUUAGUCCCAUCAUUUCUAGUCCCAUGCCUUUUUUAAACUGUACAAGGGAGUUAGUCAACUUUAGUUUGGCCUUCCAGAAACAAGCAUUUUAGAUGCUGCCAUUAUGGAAGACUGUGUCCCCGAUGCAACAGGAUGUAAAGUGUGUCUGAUGCAUCCAGGAAUCUGAGUAGGGCUCCAUUUUGUCCUCUUCAUGGUGAAAUGGCAGAAUGUUCCUGUUUGGGCUUUAGGAUCCAUUUUCAUUAAACAUCAAUAUUCACCAGCAGUAUUAUGUGAGUAAAAAGUUCUACCAGGUAUUUUGUUACAGAUUCCACAUAGCUGACAACAAGUGUCAUGAUAAUUGGAGGUUAUCAAUAAAUGAUAACAAUAUGUUUACAUACAGUACGUUUUUGAGAUGACCAAGUCUGAUCAAGUUACAAAAAUGUUUUGCCAACUUGCCCUAAAAUCUGUUGCACAAUCAUUUACUCCCCGCUAGUUUCUUCUGCUCUAAGAAUUGUGUACAAUUUUAAUCUAAUUUCUGAGUAGUUUUUUGCACCCGUCAUUACAAACUGUGAAAUAUUGGUUCCCAAUAGAAGAUUUUUACUUGCUGCUAAAAUAUGUUUUUGUGUCAGAUAACAUUAACUCCAUCCAUCCAUCCAUCAUCUACCGCUUAUCCGGGAUCGGGUCGCGGGGGCAGCAGCUCCAGUAAGGAACCCCAAUCUUCCCUUCUCC